AUGUCAUCCGCAGAGGCGUUACGCCAGCAGCUCCCCGAACUGCACGCGGCACCGAUGCGUGCUGCAGAGCGGCAGCUUCAGUACCCUUCAUCCCGGGGCCUCUCUCCCUUCCCGUCGAACAAAGGCCAGUCUACGAAGCUGGAAGAUCUGCCUCAAAGUCUCCGCUCUCACGCGGAUACAACUCCAGAUGCGAAUCGGAAGCGGCCUCUCGAUGGUCUAUGGGGCUUCGAGGCUGGCGACAAGUUGAGGAACGCCAAAAGCUUUGAGUUCCUCCGUCCGUGGAGCCCGUCACCUGGCCCUUCGCCACCAGUGACAGGCUCAACGUACCGUUCCGAGAACGUGCUCACCGAGCCAUUCCGGAUCGGAAAUUUGGCUCGGUUUUCUAACGGUCCGUCCGACAUUGACACGGGCAACACUAGCAUGAUGUCCGCCACCAGCAUGCCAACGGACCCCACACACAGCCAAACGCCAGAUCCCUUACCUCCAAAGAUGCCAUCAACACCCCGCCUCGAUCAAAGUUAUGAGCAAGAUUUCGGUUCGAUGGGCGAGACAGUGUCUGGACUGCGGCGCCCAGAUGAUGCCACGCUGCAGCGCCUACUCGCAGGGCCACGCGCAGCUCGAGGGAAAACGCUCAUGCCAUCGGUGCAGUCACAGUUCGAGCCUCAAAGGCCACAGAGACGGGUGCCAAGUGAUGGGGUCACGAGCGUUAGUAGUUGGUCCCAUGAAACGGUAGACGUUAACAUACAAUGUGGUGUUUCUCUACGCAAUGGUGAUCUAUGUCCAAGGAGCCUCACUUGCGAGAGUCAUUCUAUGGAAACCAAGCGUCAUGUCCCGGGUCGGAUCUUACCUCUCGAUGCAUUGCUAGCCAAUUAUCCCAAGAGGAGCCAGGUGCGGCAGCAACUUGCUUCACAUAAUGCGGAAACACCUAGCCCGUGGGCGACUUUACCUCCUGUUGACUACGAUAAACCGACUGAUAUCAGCAGCGAAACAAGCUCUACAGUGCGGUUCUCUGAGAAACCAUGGCUUUACACGCCCUCUUUGCUGGACCCCAACUCUUACGCCUUUACUGCCUUUCAGGAACACCCGCUGGGCUACUAUACACCCACGCUGGGCGGCUCUCCUACCCUUCCCGGCGGUGAGUUUGGCAACAAAGGCUAUCAAGCUAGCUUGCCUGUCCAUGAGAAUCCAGCCCCCGACGCUAUUGUGCAGUUACCCCCCUCAGACACUCCCAAGCUCCAUUCACGAGGCUGCACUCGCAUCAGGUACACGAUAUCGCAAGACCUUACCGAUCAUCACGCUGCGGCGCGCGCUCGGCUCUGUGCACUUGAAGGCCGCAAGUCUAACCUGAAGCUACAGAAAGCCAGGCAACGAGGGCUCUUCAAGCUUCACACCUACGACGAUGUUGUUCCCGAACAACCCUCAAUUACUGUUCAACGGAAGAGUUACUCUCUGAAACCACUCCCACACGAUGUACUGCUAGCAAAUUAUAAACGGAAGUGA